AUGGAGCCUCAUUCGCGUCCUGGCUUGUUCCGCAAUGGCACGUUGCGUCUUCCACAGGCUCCCCUCGCUGUCUCACCCGGCAACCCAGUGACACAGACCGCUUCAGACCUUAAUCUCUGGUACGGUCAGAGUAUAAAGCAAUCUGCUUACCGUCUUCUCCAACUUUUCAAUCCAUUCGUAGUUAGCGGAGGGCGGUUGACUCUGACUUUUGUGGGCAUGCUCCAAUUGACAGCACUGUGUGGAUUUGGAUCUGUGCUUUGGUAUCGGAGCAAAGGGAAGGGGAAGGGGAACACCCUCACUACGCAAGAUGCACCUGAUACCGCGGCUGAUGAGGCUGCUACAACGGACUCGGGCCUGCUGAAGAAAUAUUCCACUAUUCGCUCGUAUACCGUCUCCUCUACCGGCUUCACAUAUCCCAGACUCCGGACCUUUUACCGUCCACAUCAUCAGGAGGACAAACUCCCCAAGUAUCCGUGUCCAGUUCCACUGUUGGUUUUCGUCCAUGGUCUUGGGGGUUCUAUCGCUCAAUUCAGUCCUAUUCUAAUCAGCCUUUCCAAUCUCGCUCCAUGCUUGGCCGUAGACCUCCCUGGGUGCGGCGUGUCGAGCUUCGAGCCAAAAGCAUGGGACGCCUACACCACGGAAGCUCUGGUGCAGCUUCUUGCCGUCGUUAUAGAGACUCACCGUGCAGUCGAUAGCAGACAACCUGUCGUUCUCGUCGGCCACAGUAUGGGAUGCUCACUAGCCGCACUCCUAGCUUCUUCGUCUUCGCCGCAUGCACAUCUCCUUUCGCAAAAUGUCAGCGGACUGAUUGCUAUAUGUCCCAAGGCUGAGCCCCCUACCGAGAAAGAGGCCAAAAAGCUGCGUUCAGUCACGUUGACACCCGUUGUCCUCUUCGACCUGAUCAGACGCUGGGAUAGGAGAGGCGGUGUCAAUAGCAAGAGUGUUCUACGCAUGGCAGGAGUGGACGCUGACGAUGAGACUAAGAAACUGCAGCUGCGCUUCAACAAGCAGAGUCGAAGUUCCGUGUGGUUGAGGAUGGCGCGAGGCAUGUGCCCCGAUUACUCAAGCGGCUCACCGAAAGGAGGCCUUCCUGGUAAGGCAGUAUGGAAGGGACUUGACAUUCCGUUGUUCCUUGCCGCUGGUGAGACAGAUACGGUCACUCCUGCGUCAAAUGUCAAGCAGAUUGUCGAAUUUCUGGGAAGGGAUGUCAGCGCAAUCCAGCCGCCGAGCGAAAAGGCGAGCUUGCCCAUUGCAGCAGCUCCGUUCGUACCUUCCGCAGUCCUCCCGAACGAGCCGAAGCGUACAGAGCACCAGGACUCUGGUAUUGAUGCAACAGACCUACCCAAACUCGAAGAUGAUACCAGGACCAUCGAAUCAACUUCCGUGUCCACCAAUAAUGGAAGUCUCACGUCUACAGAGGAGAAUACAACAGAAGGGAGCAUAACUACGGCUGACGGGCCAAUGCUCUCCGAUACCACAAGCCCAUCAUCACACACUCCGUCGCCUCAUCCGCGUCGGCUAGUUGUCAAGACUGCUAUUAUGCCCAAGCCGGCCGCUCAUUCCUUACUGUUUGCGCCGUCUACAUCCCGCAUAAUAGCUGGGCUGAUUGGCACCUUCUUUGCCGACUAUAUCGAUCCUCGUCUAUCGCUUGCUUGGCAACUCAACUAUCUGUCAACUGAGGGGAAAUGGGACGUCAAGAAUCUGGAAAAAUGGAAGGCCGUGCGCCCAGUAUCGGAGCCUAUUGCUGGUGUCUUUCGCGCAAUGAAGACACUUCGUGAGGUCGACGAAGAGCACACACCAAAGGUGCUCACCAAGAACUGGGCAGGCAAGCUCUGCGCAAUCAUCGACAUCUCGCACGACAACCCUGUAUACGAUCCAAAAGGUCUGGAAGAAGGCGGCAUCCUAUAUCAUAAAUUUCCGACAGUGUCAAAACAACCUCCACAGUCAGCUGAGGUCAAAGAGUUUUUCGACCUCGUUGACAAGAUCCGAGCUGAAGGCAGACCGGGUCUGAUUGGGGUACACUGUCACUAUGGCUUUAACCGUACCGGCUUCUUUCUUGUGUCGUACAUGAUCGAGCGACUAGGAUACCGGGUAGAAGAUGCGAUCGACACCUUCCAGCAGGCUCGCCCACCAGGCAUCCGACACUCGCAUUUCAUAGAUGCACUUUACGUUCGGUACUGUCAGGGUCUUAGGCGCGCUCCGACAUUGUGA